GAUAAAGCUGCUGCAGCUUCAGGCUGUCAGCUCUUGGAAAGGCAGGUGGGGAAUGUGUUAAUAUGUGUUAAUCAUCGUAAUCAGCGCUGACUGCUCCUCCUUUUGGGGGUGGCUGCCUUGGGAAGGUUCCAGUCUGGUCAACUGUGACUCAGCUGCUGUUCCCCCCGCUCUGACUCAAGGGUUUCACCGUGUUCAGAGCUUGCGGCUCGAUGGAAACCGGCAGUUCCUCACUGUGCUGAGAUGGGCAGUCAAAGCAUCCUCAGUGCCCCAGCACAUCUGUGCCAGUUGUUCUCACACAGCUGUUUGCAGCUCUGGUCUGUGCUGUAAACAGCUCGUCACUGCCACGAUGACAUCUUCCAGCUCUGCCCAGCCUCCAGCAGCUGAGAGCGCCUGCCGCCUCACACUGGGCCAAGUUAACCAGGUGCGACCCAAACUGCCACUUCUGAAGCUUCUGCAGGCUGCGGGCGCCCAGGGUGAAACCUUCACGCUGAAGGAGGUGAUGCAUUACCUGGGACAGUAUAUAAUGGUAAAGCAGCUCUAUGACAAAAACCAACAACACAUGGUCUAUUGCGGAGGAGAUCAGCUGGGAGAACUGCUGGGGCUGGAGAGCUUCUCUGUGAAAGACCCAAGCCCAGUGUAUGACAUGUUGAAACGGAACCUGACUUCUGCUGCUAUGGCAGAUGCCGCACAGAGUCUCGCAAAGGAACAGAGCGUCGAUAAGCCAAGCCAAGACCAGCUGAAGUGUAGCCAGCGGGAAGGUUCUGACACUGGCGUCAUGGAGGGCGAGAGCAAUUCUGCUGCUUUGUCUACCUCAGAGCAACCAUGUGCGAAGCACCCAGACAAAGACUUCAUAGAAAACCUCUCUAAAAGCAAGAAGCCUAAACUGGACCUCGUGUUUGAGGAAUGGGAUGUAGCUGGUCUUCCGUGGUGGUUUUUAGGCAACCUCAGGAGCAAUUACAAGUCCAGAAGUAAUGGAUCAACAGAUAUUCAGACUAACCAGGACAUCGACACCGCCGUUGUUUCCGAUACUACUGAUGACUUGUGGUUCCUCAACGAGUGCCCGUCGGAUCAGAGCGGCGCCACAGUCAAGGUGGAAGCGGUUGACUGCGAGGAAGCAAAAGAAGGUGACAAAAAGGUGACCGAGGACACAUGUUUGCAAGACUUUGAGGAUUCUCAACGCUUAAGUGAUGACACCGACACAGAAGCUGCUUCUGAGGGCUGCUGGCAAUGCACCAAGUGCAGGAAGUUCAACUCUCCAGGCAAACGGUACUGCUACCGCUGCUGGGCCUUGCGCAAGGACUGGUACUCGGACUGCCCCAGGCUGGCGCACUCGCUGUCUCUGUCAGACAUUGACGCUGUGCAGAACAAAGCCCUCGAUGACGGCAUCGACGUCCCCGACUGCCGAAGGACCGUUUCUGCUCCCAUUGGCCAACCCAAAGACCUGUACCUGGUAGAAAACAAAUCCCGGGUAGAUCCCGGCAGCUCUAUUGAGUCUUUGGAUUUGGCACGAGAGUGUGAAAGCAAAAAGUCUCUGUUGCAUUUUGCCGAGCAUAAAAAGGAGGAAGAAAUACAGUCUUUAGAGAGUAUAAAAAAAUUACUGAGUCCCUGCUUCUUGUGCCAUCACAGACCGCGGGACGGGAAUAUCGUCCACGGGAGGACUGCUCACCUUGUGGCCUGUUUCAGGUGUGCCAAGAUGCUGAAGAAGAAGCGAUCGCCGUGUCCGGUGUGCAGGAAGGACAUCGAGAUGGUGAUCAGGAUCUUCAUGGGCUAGCUGGGCCGCCUCAGGCCUCCUCCGCCAAAAGCUUCUCUUGCACUCGCACAAACCACGACUUCAGAGCUCGGCUGGUGAACACCAAAGAGAACUGAGAUUCAGACCUGACCGGGAGCACUGAGGAAUUGUCUGCAGCAAAUGAAGAAUCCGCUUUUCGAUGUCCACUUAAACUAAAGCCCAGGGGAGCAGGGGGCGAUCGGCACGUCGCUGUCAAUGCCCCGACUUUGGGAUUCCCCGAAUCCUCUGAUUUCAGCUCAGCGCUGCCGCUGGGAUUGUCUGUUCUGGCAGGAAAGAGUUCUAACUUUGGCUGUUGGAGCGUUGUUCUCCAGUGAGUCAAACCCUGUGCAAUGAUUCUGAGGGGAUCUGCGUCUGAGAUGGAUAGACAUAUAUAGAUAUACAGACAUUUAUAGAUAGGCAGGGGUGCAAAGAGGGUGGGAGAGUAGACCAAGGUGUUUGCCACGCAAUAAGCCAUUUCUCCAAGGAUCAGUUCUGAGGGCAGUGAGAAGUCAAUAACCCGGUUUCCGACGUUUCCGUUAGCGUAGGUUCGGUUGGUGAGGAGAAGGUGCCCUUGCUCCCAGACUUGAAAUAAGUUCUCCCAAACUUCUAGUCCACAACUAUCUCAGGUCACAUAUCCGGUGGCAAAAGAACAUCGGCUGAUUUUCUUUCCCUGUGGUUUAACACUUCAGGUGUUUGCAGAGUUCACUGUCCAUCAGAGCUGCGAGCGGCUGCUCUGCUGUCAAUACCCAGCUAGAACUUGCAGUUCAAAAGCAUCUGAGCCUUUCCCCAGCGCCCUCAGAUCCUCCUGAGCCCUCCCGUUCCCCUGGGCUUUGGAGGACACGCGGCAGGAGCAGUUGUGCCCUCGCCUUCCAGGUACGCAGACAUUUAAAUGCAGCACUAACCCUGCUUUGUGGUCAUCUCUGUAAUUCUCUCUCUAAUCCAGGGAGUAGACCUGAAGACAGAAGGAAAGGUGAAGGUAGUGCUGGCACCUGCGUGCUUCUCGAGGCCGCGUCCCCUUUUCCAGCCCAGCAGAAGGUCCCAAACUGCCAUAUCAAAGUCCUCGUUUCUCUGCAAAGAUACCAGAGUAGGUGCUAAAUGCGAUCACUGCCAAAAGUCGGGUCCACUUUAGAUGUCACGUAGUAUUGUGAUUCUUUGUGUGUUGGUUACGUUUUAGAUGACUCUUGUUGACUGUUAUUUACAAUUGUAUUUUAAAAGUCUGAGCAUAACCGUGUGGUGUUUUGUGCACUGUCCGUCAGUCCGUGGGGGUCAAUCCACACGGAAAAGCGGAUUUAUUGCCCCCUUAACUAAAGGGCUGUUAAACUGCCGGUGAUGCACUUUAACCCCGCCGAGCUCAGCGCGUUCGGAGGCCGCUCUGCCGCCUCGGUUCCUCCCUCUUUGGGGAGGCUCUUUCCUGUAGGGGCCGUCGGGUUACGGGGGGCACGUUGUGGCACUUUGUGGCACUUCAACACUGUGAAUUCCCUCCCGCCCCGAUCGCUUCUAAAAACUGAGUGGUUUGCUUCUCAGAACUAAAUGUUUUGCUAAAAGCAGCUUUUUUUUUGAAUUGCUCAGAUCCAGCCGCACUGAAAAGAAGGUAAUUUGUGUUGACAGAAGCAAGAAACAUCAGGAGAGUUUAAGUUCCAGUAAUAGGGUUGAAUAUCCCAACCAAAAUCCUCCUGAGACCUCUGCAGCUUCCUUUGUUAAACACAGAUUCUUGUCAGUGUGGCGGUUGGUGAUAAAGAGCAGGUCUGCAGGGUAACUUCCAUUGUAAGGAUCUCUGUACCUGUGAGUUCUUGUUCUCUGUACCUGUGACUUCUUGUCAACUGCUUAAUUCUUUUUAACUGAAAUAGUUAGCAGGCGUAAGAUACCACGACACUGAUUUGCCUUUGACAGAAGAAUAAGCUAUGGCAGCAUUGCACGUGGUGUGCGGCUGUAACCGCCCAGCCCGGGGCUUGGAGAGAGGGGGACGUCGGGUUCAGGAGAAAGGGAGAAAAACGUUUCAUUGCUUUAAGUUUAAGCUUCAGUAAGCAGCAGUUUCCCAGGAGCUGCGCUGUCCGAGGAGCUCAGGGCAGCACUGGCCUUGCCGCACCGAGCGGAGCUUCACGGCAACGGAGCCACCAGAUUCAACAGGGACCUCCGGAGGGUCCCGGAGACACAACCAGCGCUGGGAAGACCCCUGGAGCGGCAGGAGCGCAUCGUACUCCUGGCAAAGAUAGAGACUUGCUUUUCCAGAAAGAGAAAACGCCUGCUGGAUCUCCCUUCCCUGCAGCCUCUUGUUCCCAUAUAUAUAGAUAUAUUGUUGUUGUUGUUGUUGAGAACUCGGCGCCUCUCUGUCUACACCCACACAGCCACUGCCGCAGCGCUUGCUAAACCACACCUGUGUGUUUGCACUAUUUAAAAAAGGCACGUACCGCCGCAUAAUGAAUUGAAUUAAAUCGAGCGCAUUCUACCCUAACGUAGGUUUAUUGUUUAAUUUGUACCCUGUUUCCGGGAAAAACCUUUAAGUAAAAGCGGUUUCCAGUAAAACA